UCACGCACUCUCUCUUUGGUCUCUUUGCUUUUGCUUUACCUUCCCAGGUGAAUAUAAAAGCUUACGAAAUAAAGCAAAAGUUUUCCUUCACUUCUUGGGUUUUCAGUGUUUUUCUUUCCACCUUUGUCUUUCAAAGUUUACUCUUUGAUUUGGGUUUUUGAAUUCUGAUCUGGGUAUUGAUUUUCAGUGUUUUAAAUUUACUGUUGUUGUAUGUGGGUUUGAAAUCUGUUAUGGCUGUCUAGGGUUUAUCCAUUCAUACAUCAAGAUCUGUUAUUUACUACAAUUUCUCCAAACUUUCCUUGGCUUUUGGAAGUUGAUUCCUUUCUAGGAUUCCUCUAUUAUGUGAAAAAGGAUACUCAGAUUCCAUUAAUGCUUCUUUGGUCAUUUAAACGAGCCACGUCUCUGCAUUUUUCUGUAUUCGAUUCUCUCUCUCUGAACAUUUCACUCAAAGAAGGAGAAAAGCAGUCUUUUAUUUUCUUUUCCUAUAGGGGGGCAAAUCAUCUUCGGCAGCUAUGAGUAGGGAACUUGAAAUCCUCUCCCCAGCUUCUUAUUUACAGACAUCCAAUUGGCUUUUUCAAGAGAGCAAAGGUACAAGAUGGACUGCCCAUGAGAACAAGUGUUUUGAAAAUGCUUUGGCUUUAUAUGACAAAGACACUCCUGAUAGAUGGUUAAAGGUGGCAGCCAUGAUUCCUGGAAAAACAGUAGGAGAUGUGAUCAAACAGUACAGAGAAUUGGAAGAAGAUGUUAGUGAUAUCGAGGCCGGGCUUAUACCAAUUCCUGUAUAUAGCAGUGAUUCUUUUACAUUGGAGUGGGUUGAUGUUAGUCAAGCCUUUGAUGGAUUCAGAAACUAUUACACUCCAGGUGGAAAAAGAGGGACCGGGACUCGACCAUCUGAUCAAGAAAGGAAGAAAGGAGUGCCGUGGACUGAAGAAGAACACAGGCAAUUUUUAAUGGGUCUUAAAAAGUAUGGUAAAGGGGAUUGGAGAAACAUUUCGCGCAAUUUUGUGACGACUAGAACCCCGACUCAGGUGGCAAGUCAUGCUCAAAAGUACUUCAUCAGGCAGCUGACUGGAGGGAAAGAUAAGAGGAGGUCAAGUAUCCAUGAUAUCACAACAGUUAACAUCCCCAAUACGGCAAUUUCUUCACUGGAUCAUGGCAAACCUUUGUCUCUGAAUAAUUCUUCCUCAACCAUGCAGCCACAAGGGAAACCGAAAGUAGAUGGAGUUACUAAAGAGGUCUUUGAUUUUGAGUGGAAGCAACAAAACGAAGGAACAGCUAUAGCUUUCGACCAGAUGAAUGCCUUCCUCUCCCCUGUUUGUGCUAUUUCUUCAUAUGGGCACAAGCUGGAAGAACAGGAUUUGCUAAGAGGAAAUCUUCCAAGAUCUCAAUUCGGAUUAUACAACAUUCCUUUCCAGAUGCAGUCAAUGCAACAUCAGUGAAUUCACUGAUGAAUUCACAUGUGCAUAUCUUGAGGAUGCAAAUAUAAUCCAUAUUUAUCACUCUUAUGGAAGAUCAAUUAGGUGGUGUUUGUGAUUAUCAUUGGAAUUCUGGAUCAUUGUAAAAAGAAGCUUAUUUACAUGAAGCUUGGGGCUUUUAUUAAUAUAAUUGUGCCUGUGUUGGAUA